GGGCAGGACGACGGGGCAGCUUGUUGAAAUCGAGACUUACCCAGCUAAAUCGGGACGUAUGUUGAACCCCUUCGGGGGUAAUAGAUGUUCAACGAAACAUUAUGCGGAGUACAGAUUAAAUUAUUGCGCAGUCGGGUUAGCGUUGUAAUCUGGAAUUUAAAUCGAUAAUAUUCCGAUCAUCAUGGGAAUUCCGAUCAUUCCCAAUCUUGAAAGAAUAUUCAUUGGAAGUAGCCCAACAGUCAAACUGUCUGAAAUAACUGCGAUAUUUAAAAAGUAAUUGUCGUAAAUAGCUAAAUCGCGCGUAACUCAGAAUUCUAAAUUAUAUUACUGUAUACCUUUGAGCCGAAUUGGGUUUUUUUGAUGCGGAAUUACUUCCUUUUAGUAGCUUGUCCAAUAGUACUGGUAGAAUUUAGUUUCGAUGUAUAUUUCUAUGAUAGUAGGCAUAGAUUUAUUAAAACUUUGGUAAUUCCGUUGUAUUGAUUACUUGGCAUAACACUUUUUAAAUAUUACCAGAUUUUUUUUUAUUUCAUUGGGAUUGUAGUUAAUACAAAGGCUGCAGAAAAUGAAGAUCACACCUGUUGUGCUCCUUUAUUGCUGCAUAAUAGCAAAUGCUCUACAGUUUGAAGAAUUUGACUACAAGAAAGAUUUUGAUAUAAAUCUCGAGAAAGAAUAUCUUCGAAAAUUUCUGGAUGAAAUAAAUAUUGAAGCGGAGAUUGACACCGAUUUAGCCGACGACGCAGACUUUGAACCAGACCUUUCUGAAGCCAUAUUCGAGGAUGAUUUUGAGCAUGAUUAUGAAAAAAAACUGACGAAACGAAAUAUUGAUUUUUGUGACGAGUUUAAGUUAUGUGAGAAAGAGGGACAUGGGUUCAAAACUGGAUGUGCUGUGUUUCAGAAGAAAUAUGUGAACAGAAGAAAUUCAUUCCCCAAUGUCUAUAAGAAAAGAGCUGGAAGGUGGUGCGUCAAUUGUCAAGAGAAAUGCAAAGGGGGAAACAUUGUAAUUAAAUUAGGUUAAUUACUGAUUGAAACAAAUUUGGUAAAGAAUUUACGUCAAUGUUAGUAACUGGAAGAGAAAGAGAAAAUAAAAAUAGAUUCGAACUAUGUUUUUUUUUUAGUUUUAAUUUUCACUCAAAAACUGAUCUGUAAAACUGUGUGCUCGAUUAAAAUAAAAAAAAUCCCAUCUUAUUCCAUUGUUUUUUAAAUUGCGUAUAUUGUAUAUCGAGAAGUGGAACUAUAAUACCUUUCAUAAGUCAGUAAUUAGCCAUUUUUGGUCAUUUGAUCUACAAAGUCAUUCAUGUUUAUUCAAUUGAUAAUAUUCUUUUUAGCAGUAUGCUCCUAAAUUAAGGAUAUUCGGAAAAACCGUUAAAUGUCCCCAAAGGUCAUUCCCUUGAAUUUAAUCAUCUUUUGAAACUGUAGAAGAAGUAACGAAAGCCAUGGUAUUCCCACACUCAAAAUAUUACCUCUUCACAAUGUAUGAGUUUUUGCUGAACUUUCGUAUCUUAUAAAAAGUUUACGAUUUAACAUGUUAAUAUAUAAACAAGAAUAAAUUUGUGAUCAUAGUAAGAUUUG